AUGGCCACCGUCAGCGGCGACCACGACCCUCUCCUCCUGCUACGGAAGGCCAUUUCCGACGGCCAUGUGUUCGUCCCCAGCGCCUCAGACGACCCUGGCGCGGCAGAGUCGCCGCUCGCCCAAGCCAGCCAUCUGCAGUUCUCGAGGCAAGGCAUCUCCCUCGCAAUCGACACCCCCACGCGUUUCAUCUCCAACGACAAGCCAGUCGACCUCUGCAGCAUCUACUUCGCCUGGCUGAAUCGCGAGCUGGCCAUUCCCGAGUACAACGCAUCCGCGACGACGCUCAACGAACAGCUCGCCGCGGCCGGAUCAACGGGCAAGGUCCAGAACCUGGGCUUCAUCGAGCGGCUCGAUCUGAUCACAUGGCUGGAAGGGGCAAGCGAGGAAAGCGAAUACAUCAAGCCGGCUACUGGGGACGCGGAGGCCUCUGUUGCCGGUGCCGCUCCCGUGGCCAAAGCCGGAGCGGCGUCAACAGCUGCGCAGGUGAGGGCUGCCAAGGGCAACCUUGAUCCGCGACUGGCGAGCGUGUAUGAUGGCGAGCGAAACAUGGGUGACAGAAACACUGUUCUUAGGGGGAUCAAGCCCACGGACUUUUCCCACGUUCGAAAGCUAGCGGCUCCCUUUAUAAAAACAAAGCCCCAGGCGACAUCGGCUCUUGGCGCGACUUCGUCCUUGUCACUCAACCAAAACGGCCCGUCUAAGAGACCGGCCCCCAUCAUUCUUCUUUCGCCGUCUGCCUCGUCCUUGCUGCGCAUGACCAAUGCCAGAUCAUUCCUCGAGGACGGGAAAUUCCUGCCCGCCGACACCAGCGGAUCGACAGCCAGCAUGCUGCACGUGCAGCGCAUCAUGCCAUCCAUCGAUCCUAACCGCCCCAUGCGCUUCAUCCUGGUCGAGGGCUCCGAGGUCUUCAAGCCCGAGUACUGGAACCGGGUGGUGGCCGUCUUCACCACGGGCCAGACGUGGCAGUUCAAGAAUUACAAAUGGAGCAGCCCCAACGAGCUGUUCAAGCACACGCUCGGCAUCUACGUGGGAUGGAGAGGCGACCAGGUCCCGGAGAGCAUCCGAGGCUGGGGACACAGGGUCUUGUCCACAGGCAUCGAUCGAUGGCGGGGUGGCGACGGCGCAGAUGCUUCCCGCUUCAGGGACAAGGAGGUUGUGGAACAGAUCUGGAAGACGAUAGAGGCCAACAUGAGGAGCAAAGGCUGGCGAAUGGACGCGGCACCGACAUCGAUCUAG